AUGUAUGAUUUUCUUGCUAGACGUCAUGGAUAUACAAUCAUCUCUUUGCAUAUGCACAUUCUUCCCUUAUAUAAUUUGAAGAGAGAUGAAUUGGUUCUUUCCAGAUUUAACAAUGAAAUAAAGAAACAAAUAAAUUUGGUUGUCAAGAAGUUCUUAAAUGAUCGUGAAAAGGUCACUAAAUAUGUGAACUGCAUGAAAUUUGCUACUAAACAGUACUGGAUGCCAGAAAUAAUACAAGAGUUUCAGGACGUAAUAUCUGACAUCAACUCAUACAAAAUAGAAGUGCCGGAAUCGUCGACUCUACACCAGUGUAUCAACACAGAAAUAUCCAAAUAUAACGAUAUUUUCCGAUUGUCUACAUUGGUUAGCGAGAUAUACGAAGUUAUGAAGAAUUACAAUAUACAUUUAUUCUAG